CUGCUUUCUCAAAGGAUUUUCUAGACAGGAAAACCAUUCUUUCGGGUGUUGCGACUAAGGAUCACAAGCAAUUUCCGGAAAAUCCAUUCUUCAUUCCUAAAGUUGCUUCUUCUCCAUCUUUCAAUCCUUUCUUCUUCCAUAACCUUUGUUUCUUCUCUCUGAGCUUAAAGAUCUUAAUUUUCUAGUUCUUUUUGCACCAAAGUACCCUACGCAAGCGCUAAGCAGAUCUGCCUUCUUUCUUUGUCAUUUUAAUCAUUCAAUUUUUCAAGCCCCGCGGAGUUGGGACCAGAAAAUUUCAACAUGGAGUCCAUUAUUGGGCCAGUUCUUGGAAGUGUAGGCGAAUUUGUAGAUUGUCAUAUAAACUUCCAAAAUGAUGUGAAUGAUCUUAGAAAAAGAGUGGCAGAUCUAAAACGCAGAAGAAAUGACAAAGUAGCAGAACUGCUGAUAGUGGAUGACUCGGAAAAACAAGUUAAAGAAGAAGUGCAGGGAUGGCUCGAAGAUGCAAGGAGGGUCAUUGAAAUUGAAAUGCCAGAUAUUGAAAAAGAGGUGCAGAAUGUUUCAAACUUGUCACGUGGUAACCUUGGAAGACGUGUCCGUCAAAAGAUUCAAGAUGUGAGGGAAAUUUAUGAUCGAGGUAGUUUCCCUGAAAGUCUUGUAAUUGAAAGGCCUCCGCCUAUUGGAAUCACUUUGCCAACCGAGAAUAUGGUGGGCGAGGUUGAUGUGAAGGAAAAAAUUUGGGAAUACCUGAGGAGUCAUGAAGUUGGAAUGAUUGGAGUUUGUGGAAUUGGUGGAGUCGGCAAAACCACUGUUAUGAAACACAUCCAUAAUGAAUUACUGAAUGAGGCUACUGGGUUUACAAAGAUUAUCUGGGUCACAGUAUCACAGUCACUCAGUGUUGUAAAAUUACAAGGUAAUAUUGCUAGAGAAAUGAACAAAAGUCUUCCGGAAGGCAGGGAUGAAUUGAAGCGGGCAUCUAGAUUGCAGGACAUUAUGAAAACAGUGAAAUAUGCAUUGAUCUUAGAUGAUGUGUGGGAUAAAUUUACUCUUCACAGAGUUGGAAUACCAGAACCAACAAUAGAAAAUGGGUGCAAAAUUGUUAUUACUAGUAGAUCAAUUGAUGUAUGCAACUACUUGAGAUGUCAGAUAGUGAAGGUGCCUCCUCUUCCACAGCAAGAGUCUUUGAACUUGUUUUUAGAUAAGGUUGGACACGACAUUCUACUAAUUCCUAAUUUGGAAAAUAUUUUGAAGGCUAUGGUGGCAGAAUGCGCUGGUUUGCCAUUGGCCAUUGUCGUCAUUGCUGGGAGCAUGAGAGGCGUAACAGAUAUUCGUGAGUGGAGAAGUGCAUUACGUCAAUUGUGUGACUGUGUGGCAGGUACAGAGAGAGAUUCAGAAGACAGGAUAUUUAAACGUUUGAAGUUCAGUUAUGACCGUCUAACAAAUUCAAGCAUCCAAGAAUGUUUCUCAUAUUGCUCAUUGUAUCCAGAAGAUUGGGUGAUUCCAAAAAAAGAUCUAAUUGAAGACUGGAUUUGUGAGGGACUUGUUGAGAAAUUAGGGAGCAGAAGAGAAAUGCAUGAUAGAGGACAUGAAAUUUUAAAUAGGCUUGAAAACAAUUGUCUGUUAGAGGAAGAUGAUGUCGGAGAUGAAGAAGGUGUUAAGAUGCAUGAUGUUGUGAGGGACAUGGCAUUGCGUGUUAAGAGCACCGGUCCAAGUAAGUUCAUGGUGAAAGCUGAAAUGAGCUUGACAGAGAUACUAGAGAAGGAUGAAUGGACUGAAGAUCUAGACAAGGUUUCCCUUAUGGCCAGUGAAAUAUCAGAUAUCCCUAUAAAUAUGUUCCCCAAAUGCUUGAUGCUCUCAACCUUAAUUUUGCAUGAUAACAUAAAAUUGAAGCAAAUUCCAGAGUGUUUUCUAGCAAACAUGCCCCUACUGAAGUUUCUUAAUCUUUCUUAUACUGGCAUUGAGGCUCUACCUAAUUCCAUCUGUAGCUUAAAAAAUCUUACAGCACUGAUUCUCCGUGGAUGUCAGAGUUUAGAACGCAUGCCUUCCUUGUCAAAGCUUAAAGCACUGAAGAAGUUGGAUUUGGCUGAAGCGGGCCUUUGUGUGGCUCCUGAAGGCAUUGAAAUGUUAGAAAAUCUAGAAUAUCUUGAUUUAUCUGCUCCAAAGCUGAAGGUACUACCAAGAGGAAAAAUCAGUAAGCUCUUUCGCCUCCAAUACCUACGUAAAUAUCCGAUUUUUUCAACUGAUAUAAGAGCAGAAGAAGUAGCAAGAUUGAAAAAGCUGGAAUGUUUUGAAGGUAUAUUUGAUCAGCAGAAGGACCUCAACAGUUUUGUUAGCGAGUUGAACCAUUUUGGAAGACCCAAUAAUUACUUGCUCGGUGUGGGAGUGAAUAAUGAACUCGUAAACGAGGAGGGGAGGUAUUUUGGGAAAUUCAACAAUGAUGUUCGUUUCAGAAAGGUAGCUUUAUCCUACUGCAAGAUAGGAUAUGAAGAUGAGUUGGUGCUUCCAGAUGACCUUCGGAAUUUGUUGAUGGGACUCUGCAAUACGGUCGCUGAUAUUUCUAUUUUUCUGAGAAAUUUGACUCAAUUGCAAACAUAUGAAUUGAGCGACUGCAAAGGGAUAGAGUGUGUGGUCUCCUCGUCGUCAUCUUCAUCUUCUUCCUUGACAGCUAUGAGUAACCUUAAAAAGCUACGUCUUUGGUUUUUGCCUAGCUUGCAGGACAUUGUGAAAGUAGAAAAAACAACAGUGUUGCUUGCACCGACAAUAUCCCCUCACAUCUUUUCCAAUCUUAAACACCUGAUGGUAUGGUAUUGUCCAAAAUUGAAGAAGCUGUUUCCAUGUGAGCUGCUGCAAGGUCAAGGCCUCCAAAACUUGGAGCAGAUUAUAGUCCACAAUUGCGAGUCGAUGGAGGAAAUAAUAGGAUGGGAAGAAGAAGAGGUAGGACAUCAAACAACUACUCCAAUAUUGAUCCCUCUUCCAAAAUUAAGGAUAUUGGGGUUGCAAAUCCUACCAAAAUUGAAGAGAAUAUACCCCGAAGGAGAAGUAAUGGCUUGUGAUUCUCUCAAUUCCAUUUAUAUAAGCAACUGCCCUAAGGUCAAGAGGAUUCCCCUCUGUCUUGGAAGGGAAAACGGGCAACCAUCUCUUGCUGCUAUGAAAGGAAUCCAUAUUCAAAAUCCAAAAGAAUGGUGGGAAUCGUUGGAGUGGGAGAAUCCUGACGAUAAGUAUGUCCUCCUACCUUUCAUCAAAUAUAUUGGGUAAGUCUCAUUACUCUCCCUUUUUUCCAUCACUUGCAUUCCAUUCCUUCUCUCUCACUGGUAUUUCAUAAAUAAAUGUUUCUAUCUCUUGUUUCUAAAUGAAUCCAAGUGUUAAUCUCCGUUGAUUUGCUUAAUAAUCUAAUCUUGAUUGAUUUGCUCUUAAGAUGUCUAUCUCGCUAAUACCAUUUUUGAUUACUCACACAGCGACGAUUAUGGCCAUUGGGUAAACAUUAAAUAUGGUUCUGUCGAACCGUAUAUUUUUUUUGACAAUUUCUAAUGCCCAGCCCAGCUCAGCUCAGGUAUAUAUAUCUGUUGAUUUGCUUCUGAUGAGAUGUCCAUCUCCCUUAAUUGGAUGCUAAUUCCUUUUUAAAUUAUUCAUUCAUAGCGAGCAAGCUUUCCUGAGUCAUCCAUUCAAUAUCAAUCAGGCUGCAUAUCUACCACCUCAUACCUAUUUCUUCAACUUAGCAACAUGUAUACCAAUGCAAGACAAAAACUGGGAUUCACAAAUCACACUCACAUGAAUGCAAUGCCAUCUCUGUUGUAAUUUGUUGUUUAGUGUUGUAGAUGAACUUCAUUUAAUUAAAUCUUUUUAUUGUUUCUUUAAAUAAUUUGUUUUACUUUGUUGUAAUAAGCUCUAAAACAGAUU